AUGCCCACAUACGUAAUCACCGGCGCAAGAGACGGCAUCGGCCUCGAAUACGUCGCCCAGCUAAGCCUCCGCCCCGCCACCACAGUCCUUGCCCUCGUCCGCUCCCUGGCCGCCGACCUCGCCCGCCUCCGCGCCAUCCAAGCCUCCCCCGACCGCAAAGGCGCCGUCCACGUCCUCGAAUGCGACAUCUCCUCGCCAGAAUCCCUCGCCGCCCUGCCCUCCCGCGUCUCCGCCGCGGUGGGCGAUGGUCCCAACAAGAUCGACGUGCUCAUCAACAACGCCGCGACGCUGCAGAACACCGAGCAAAGGGCGCUGAGCCUCGACGCCGCGGCGCUGGAGACGCACAUGACCACCAACGUCGUCGGGCCCGCGCGGACGUUGCAGGUGCUGUUCCCGUUCUUCCACGACUGCGAGCAGCAAGACAGAAGGACCGUCGUGGCGAACAUCACGUCCGGGGCCGGCAGCUUCGGGUGGGUGACCAGCGGCGUGUGUCCGCAUGAGCUGACGCCGUACGCCAUCAGCAAGGCGGCGCUGAACAUGCUUACGGUGCACCAGGCGAUGCAGCUGAAGGGGCGGGGCGUGGUUGUGGUUGCGGUUGAUCCUGGGCACGUCAAGACGAAGUCGGGGGGUCCUGGGGCGAAGGUCGAGGUUGCGGAUUGUGCUGGGGGUAUUUUGAAGUUGCUGGGUGGGUUGGGGGUUGAGGACAGCGGCAAGUUGUUUUUGUAUGAUGGGAGGGAGAUUCCAUGGUAG